CUCACAAUGGGAAAGAUGCUGCUUUGGGCCUGUUUGGCUGUCCUGCUGCAGGUGCAACUAGGCUCAGCCUAUAAGCUCGUGUGCUACUUUACCAACUGGUCUCAGUAUCGCCCAGAACCUGCCAAAUUCUUCCCCAAGGAUGUGGAUCCAUGUUUGUGCACACACCUUGUGUACGCCUUUGCCACCAUGAAUGACAACAAGAUUGCUCCCUUUGAAUGGAAUGAUAUUGAUGUCCUGUACCCUCAGUUCCGAGCCCUGAAAGAACGCAAUGGAGAGCUUGUCAACUUGCUGGCUAUUGGUGGCUGGAAUUUUGGCACUCAGAAAUUCACUGCGAUGGUCUCCUCAGCUGCCAACCGCAAAAUCUUCAUUUGCUCUGUCAUUGAGUUCCUUCGUAAGCAUGGAUUUGAUGGCAUUGACCUGGACAUCGAAUAUCCAGGGUCCCGGGGAAGCCCACCUGAGGAUAAGCAGCGGUUUACUAUCUUGAUUAAGGAAAUGGUGGCAGCUUUUGAAGAAGAGGCUAAAGAAACAGGAAACGCCAGACUGCUCAUCACAGCAGCAGUGUCCGCUGGAAAAGGGACCAUUGACGCAGGAUAUGAAAUUGCAGAGAUCGGGAAGCUCCUUGAUUUCAUCAGUGUGAUGACCUAUGACUUCCAUGGUGGCUGGGACACAUGUACAGGACACAACAGUCCCCUGCAUGUAGGAUCCAAGGAUCAUGGAGACUUGCGUUAUUUCAACUGUGAAUUUGCUAUGAAGUACUGGAGAGACAAUGGGGUCCCGGCAGAGAAACUCAUCAUGGGCUUCCCCACCUAUGGGAGAACCUUUCGACUCAGCACUUCUGACACCUCAGUCUGUGCCCCAGUCUCUGGAGCAGGGUCAUCUGGCCCUUACACACGUGAGGCUGGCUUCUGGGCUUACUAUGAGAUCUGCACAUUCUUAGAUGGAGCCACAACAGCUUGGAUUGAAGACCAGAAAGUUCCAUAUGCUUACAAGAAUACUGAGUGGAUUGGCUAUGACAAUGCUGAGAGCUACAAAUAUAAGGUUGAUUUUCUGAAGGAGAACAAAUUUGGUGGAGCCAUGAUUUGGGCCAUUGACCUGGAUGAUUUCUCAGGCUCCUUCUGCAACGAGGGCAAAUACCCACUUAUCAACAAGCUGAAGUCACUUCUGGGUCUGUCCUCAGAAUGCACCCCACGAGCUGCCAACACCUGGUAUAACAGCCCAGUGACACAAAGAAGUGAAGGUUUCUGUGCCAAUGUUGGUGGAGGCAGUGGUGGUGAAGGAGAAAAUGGUGGAAGCAGCGGUGGUAAUGGGGGCAGUGGUGGUGAUGGGGGCAGUGGAGAAGAUGGAAGUUUCUGUACUGGCAAAGCCGAUGGCACCUACACUGAUCCUGAAGACAACACCAAAUUCUACAAGUGUGUGGGAGGCAAGACCUUCCAUUUCAGUUGUGCCCAAGGUUUGGUUUUUGACCAGAACUGCCAGUGUUGUACUUGGCCUUAAAUUUAAAGUGUCAGUAAAAUCUUUGCCAAUAAUUCUCUUGUGCUACAUAUAAAUAACAUCUUCCAACAGUUGUGUAGUGCAUGUCUACAUUAAUCAAUCUGUCACAUUGGAAGAGUUUCCCCACUACAACCAUAGCUUAAUAAGGGUUUACUCUUUUGUUACUUCUUUUGGGGGCCACACCUGAUAAUGCUCAGGGAUUACUCCUAGCUAUGCACUCAGAAAUUACUCCUGGCAAUGCUUGGGGGACCAAAUGGCAUGCCAAGAAUAAAACCUAGGUUGGCCACUUGCAAGGCAAGUAUCCUAUCCACUGCACUAUCUCUCUGGCCCAGGGGUUUACCCUUUUACAUAAAAAACACACUUAUAAAGAUAUAUAGAAGCCAUUAUCAUUAUAAACUAACUAGCUAUAGUAAUAUGCUGGAGAUGUACUCCUUUCCCCCAUCUCAGACAAAUUUGUGAGGUUACAGGAAGUCAGAAUGAUACUAUGUGUGGGUGUGAAAAGCCAAUCCACUUACCUCCCUGGAGUCUCCUUCUUAUUUCACACCAGGUCCAAGGAGCUAGGGAAUGCAUCUA